UAGCGUGACGUACAGGACCGAGGAGAGUAAUAGAGUAUGAUGUUCUGACCAUCUGAUUUAAGUCAGAUGUGUACGGAAGAACUUACGUGGGUGUAUGAGUAUCAGACACGUAGACUACAUUUUUUCUGUUGUCAAGAACUGUGCAUAUCAUGAUCUAUAGUAUAUUUAAAAGUGAUUGUGUUGUAGUUCUGGUGAAAAAGUGAACGUAAAUAAUGGGUGCUUUGUUUGGUAAAAGUAAAAAACAUGUGAGUCGGGUAACGGAGCAGGACAAAGCUAUAUUGCAGUUAAAACAACAACGAGAUAAACUGAAACAGUAUCAGAAGAGAGUAGAGUCUAUGUUGGAGAAAGAUAGACUACUUGCACGGAAACUAUUGCAAGACGGUAAAAAGGAACGUGCUAAGCUCAUAUUACGGAAGAAAAAGUUUCAAGAACAGCUUCUCGAAAAAACAGACGGGCAAUUGGAAAACCUUCAGAGGCUUGUCCAUGAUUUGGAGUUCGCACAGAUAGAGAUACAGGUAUUAGAUGGACUUAGAGCCGGCAACGAGGCGCUGAAAAAAGUACACGACGUUAUCAGCGUUGAUGAGGUUGAACGAAUUCUUGAAGAAACUCGUGAAGGGGUCGAAAAGCAGCGAGAGAUUGACGAACUGUUGAGUGGUGCAUUGUCUGCUGACGACGAAGAGUCUGUAGAAGCAGAACUAGAAGAAAUAAUAAAGGAAACUCUUCCAGAUGUCCCCGAAGCCGAGGAUGAAGAGCUAGAAUUACCUGAAGUUCCUACAGAUGAAGUAGAAAGAAGGAAGGAGAAAGCAAGAGCCCAGAAGGUAGCCAUAGAAGUGGCACAGUAAUAUCAUGAAAGUGUGCAACGACUGCAAGAUCAGUGUGAUUAAUAAGAUUUUCAUUAUGUUACUCGUGAACUCAUAUACGUAUUUCUGUUCUAUUGGAAGAGAAUAGUAAAGUUAAUGUGACAGACAAGACUUUUGUCGUACUGUUGUCCAUGGCUUUAUCUUAAAGUGUGUAUAGGCCUAGCACAUAUAGUGCCACUUGUUUUUUCCAGAGUUUAUUCUGGCAUGUGCUGUGAUAAUAACGUAAGGUGAUAAUGUAGAUUUCUAUAAUAAUGGCCUGUGUCAAUUUGUUGAAUGUUAUUGCUGCUUUCUCAUCCAUUUUUUCUCCCUAUGUAUGCUGGAUGCUUCUCAAACUUUUAAUACUGUAAUACUCAAACUGCAGCCUUAUUGGCAUAAAAAUAUUUUAUUCAUCACAAAGUGCCUCUGUGACACAUUAUUGUGAAGGCCUCUGGUUACUACAUUUAUUUAAACCAGUGUAAAUACUUUUGGAUUAGAGACCACUCAUUGAAAAGCAGAAGUGUUAGUUGUUGGUACACACAAAAGGAACAAAAACUUGAUGGCUUUUGGAAUGGGGGUAGUGUCAGGUAGGGUGGGUAGAGGGAGGCUGGAGGCAGGGAGAGGAUGGGAUUUGGGAGGUUAGCAGCUCAAGACGCUGGGGAUGACAUGGGGACAUAAAUUGGGAGGGGGUGACAGGACGGAGGAAGGGAAAACUAUCGGGUGUUGAUCACAGGGGUAGUGGGUUACCAGAGAUAGAGGCCAGAAUGAUUAUGGGAGUGAAAGCUGUGUUGUAAAGAAAACUCCUAAGUUCAGAGAACGAUCCUCCAUGGCCCGGGUUAUGAAGCAGUCAUGAGCAUUUUGUUUCAGCUGCAUUUUGUGCCACCGAGUGGUAAACUUUGUUCUUUGGACCAGUUUGAUGGUGGCCAUUCAUCGUCAUAGAUGACUAAUUGGUAGUCAUAUUGACAUUAAAAGCUGUGCAGUGUUUUCAACAGAGUUCUCUCUCAUGUGGCAGGAGAAAAGUGACAGGCUGGAGUGGGAGGUGCUGGGUAGGUUGAUUAGGCGGGUCCUGCACAGUGAAAGUGGCAUAGUAUGCAUUAGGGUAAUGGAACAGCAUUUUAGGGUGGGAAGGAUGUUGGGUACGACAUUCCUCAUUUCCAGUCAUGAUGAGUGAUACUGAAAGCCCUGGUGAAGGUUAAGGUUCAGUUCCCACACCCCCUACCCAACAGUUUGCCCUUUCUCUAUCCGGUCACUCACUCCCAGUUCAUGUCACUUUCAACAUGCACUGCUCGCCAUUGUCUCUGACAACUGCGCAUCACAAGCCCAGCCUGUGUACUUGCCACCACCCACACCCUCUCUCACAUUCCUUGCCAGCAAAAUCAAACUGGCUGCCUCUGUCCGGUCUGCUAGCAUCCCACUUCAGGUCCCUCUCCUGCCUCUGGUCUGUUUCUACCUACCCCUGCCACAACCCACAACCUAGUCUUCUUCUCUCUCUCUCUCUCUCUCUCUCUCUCUCUCUCUCUCUCUCUCUCUCUGUGUGUGUGUGUGUGUGUGUGUGUGUGUGUGUGUGUGUGUGUGUGUGUGUGUGUGUGUGUGUGUGUGUGUGUGCGCAUGGGGGUGGG